AUGCAGUCACACUGGGCACGAACAAAAGAUAUGAUGGCCGCCGGCGAACGCCUCAUUGAAAACGGGCAGUCGCGGGAAGAUAUCCAGCGGCGUAUUCAAGCGAUGCAGCAGGGUUGGGAACGUCUUCGAGCCGCCCAUCAAGCUCUUGGUCAGUGGUUAAACGAGGCAAAACAAGCCCAACAGUACUUCCAGGACGCAAACGAAGCAGAGUCCUGGAUCCGUGAAAAAAUGCCGUUGGUGAAAAGUGAUGAUUUGGGUCGUGACGAAGGAGCUGCGGAAUCGUUACUGCAACGGCACGCCUCGUCUAGAAGAAGAAAUCCAUGCAUACAGGUCAGCUAUUUGUUGACGAGUGUAAUGAGGGAGUGGGCCGAUAUUGUUCGACUCGAAGAAAUGAGCCAGCAGCUCGCCAACAGCUCUUUCCACACUGCAACAACAAGCACUCAAGAGACGGAAGAGGUGUCCGUGCCUCAGAUUGAAAUGCUCUACAAGUACGAAGGAAACGGUAUGUCUGUGGGCAAAGGUGAAGUUCUUGCUUUAUUGGAGCAAUCGACUCCGGAAUGGUGGCGCGUGCUCAAGCAGGAUGGCACUGAAGGAUUCGUCCCGGCCAAUUACUGUAGGAAAGUGCCGGGAGAAUCGGUGACUGUCACGCAAACAACUACACUAACGAAAGCACAUGCCGAUGUUGUGGACGGCAAGCGUGCUAUUGUUGACCGACAGAAGAUGAUCUCCUCGGAUUACCGACAACUGAAUAGUUUGGCAGAGGUCCGACGACGUCUCCUUUCCGAUAAUAUCAAAUUGAUGAGGUAG